AGCACCCGAUCCUAAAGGACCCCCACCGUCCGCGGCACCUGUCGGAUCGGUGCCACCCGAUCCUAAAGGACCCCUACCGUCCGCGGCACCUGUCGGACCGGUACCCUCCGGACCGCCACCCUCCGGACCGCCACCAUCCGGACCGGCACCAUCCGGAGCACCUGCUGGACCACCAGCUUCAAAACCCGGUGCACCAGGUCCCACUGGUAUGGCACCUAGUAGUAUAUCGUGA